AUGAGGACGAAGCCAACUAUUCUAGCUCUCAUUCUACUCUCUCUUGUUUGCUCAGGGGCAACCGGAUCACGCCGUCGUGGGUGGCAUUCACCGACGACGAGCGCCUCGUCGGCGAGGCCGCCAAGAACCAGGCGCCGCUCAACCCUGCAGCGCACCAUCUUCGACAUCAAGCGCCUCAUCGGCCGGAGGUUCGACGACGAGGAGGUGCAGCGGGACGUCAAGUACCUCCCCUACAAGGUGGUGAACAAGGGCGGCAAGCAGUACGUGGAGGUGCCGAUGAAGGGCGGUGAGAAGAAGACGUUCAGCCCCGAGGAGAUCAGCGCCAUGAUCCUGUCCAAGAUGUGGGAGACGGCCGAGACCUACCUCGGCCAGCGCGUCACGGACGCCGUCGUCACCGUGCCGGCCUACUUCAACGACGCGCAGCGGCAGGCGACCAAGGACGCCGGCACCAUCGCGGGGCUCAACGUGCCGCGGAUCAUCAACGAGCCCACGGCUGCGGCGAUCGCGUACGGGCUGGACAAGAAGGGCGCGGAGAUGAACGUGCUCGUGUACGACCUCGGCGGCGGCACCUUCGACGUCAGCGUGCUCAGCCUCGACCACGGCGUCUUCGAGGUGCUCGCCAACAGCGGCGACACGCACCUCGGUGGCGAGGACUUCGACCAGCGCGUCAUGGACCACUUCAUCCGCCUCAUCAAGCGGAAGCACGGGAAGGACAUCAGCAAGGACGGCCGCGCGCUGGGCAAGCUGCGGCGCGAGUGCGAGCGUGCCAAGCGCGCGCUCAGCAACCAGCACCAGGUGCGCGUCGAGAUCGAGUCCCUGUUCGACGGCGUCGAAUUAUCGGAGCAGCUGACGAGGGCCAAGUUCGAGGAGCUCAACAUGGACCUGUUCAAGAAGACGCUGGGGCCCGUCAAGAAGGCCAUCGCCGACGCCAAGCUCAAGAAGUCCGACAUCGACGAGAUUGUACUCGUUGGCGGCAGCACCAGGAUCCCCAAGGUGCAGGAGCUCCUUACGGAGAUGUUCGACGGCAAGGAGCCCAACAAGGGGAUCAACCCCGACGAGGCCGUGGCCUAUGGAGCCGCCGUCCAGGGCAUCAUCAUCAGCGGCGAGGGAGGCGCCGAGACCAAAGACAUCUUGCUGCUCGACGUGACGCCGCUGACGCUGGGGAUCGAGACGGCCGGCGGCGUGAUGACGAAGCUGAUCCCGCGGAACACGAGGAUCCCGGUGUUCGAGUACGAGCGGAGCCUGACCAAGGACUGCCGCGAGCUGGGGCGGUUCGACCUGACGGGCAUCCCGCCGGCGCCCCGCGGCGUGCCGCAGAUCGAGGUGACAUUCGAGGUGGACGAGAACAGCAUCCUCCACGUGACCGCGGCGGACAAGGCGGGCGGGCGGUCCAAGUCGAUCACCAUCACCAACGACAAGGGCCGGCUCAGCCAGGAGGAGAUCGACCGGAUAGUGCGCGAGGCCGAGGAGUUCGCGGAGGAGGACCGCCGCGUCCGGGAGCGCGUCGACGCGUGGAACCGUCUGGAGAAUUACGUGUACCGCGUGCGCGCCACGGUGCGGGACGGCAGCGGCAUGGCGGUGAAGAUCGGCGAGGAGGACAUGGAGCGGGUGGAGGCCGCCCUGGCGGAGGCGCUAGAGUGGCUGGAGGAGCAGGACGGCGCCGGGGUCGAACGGCGGAGAAGGAGGACUACGAGGAGAAGCUCAGGGAGGUGGAGGAGGUGUGCGGCCCAAUCAUCAAGCAGGUGUAUGAGAAGUCGGCCGGGUCGGCCGGCGCCGCGGACGAGGAUGACGUGA